AUGAUGAUCCUGCUGGGAGCCAAGCUACUUCUCCUGGGCAUCAUCGGUGUCCAGGGAUAUCCCCUGGACGAGAAGGAUCUCUCCUCGGGCAUUCUCCACUCCGCCGGCUUGCUGGGUAACUAUGCCGGCGGCUUGACCGGCGGCGAAGCCUUGUCCAAGCUGGACUUUAGCUCCUCCGCUUCGCAGGAGUUUGGUGGCGAAUCACCGGAUCACCUGGGCUCACUGGGGGAUCAUCUCAGCGAGGAGGGUUUCCCCACGGACUUUGGCAGCAGCAGUGAUGCCGGCGAGGAGUUUUCAGAGGCCAGUGAGGUGCAUUCCCACUACGAGGAUGCCGGCGACCAUGAGGAGCACAAGGCUGUGCCUGGCAUCGAUCACGGCAAGGGUGCCUUCAGCUACAGCACUCUGUAUGAGUUCAAGGAUCGGGAUGAGCACGAACUGCAGCACAUCCAGCAUCAGGCCCUGGAACAGCAGGUGGAGCAUCAGAUAUUGGAGCAUCAGCAUCACGAUCUGAGCCAUCUGGAGCACCUCUACUAA